UAUUAUUUUCAUUAUUUUUGAUACUUUUAAACGAGGAUAAAUAAUCUCGCAUCGAUCCCCCGUCGCCUCCAAAUCCUCGUCUCUCCAAAAUCAAACAAAUCAAGGUUAGGGUCACCAUCUCCCCCGCCCCCUUUUGAUCCUCUCGUAUCCGCCAAUCGACGAUGACGGGCAAGGCGAAGCCGAAGAAGCACACGGCGAAGGAGCUCCAGGCGAAAGCCGACGCAGCGUUGACCAACAGAGGCGGAGGCAAAGCGGGGCUGGCCGACAGGACCGGUACGGAAAAGGGUGGUCACGCGAAGUACGAGUGUCCGCACUGCAAGAUCACGGCGCCGGAUCUGAAGACGAUGCAGAUCCAUCACGAAUCGAAGCAUCCGAAGCUGCCUUACGAGGAGCCGAAGAAUCUCCACGAGGCUCUUGCUGCUCCUGAAUCGUCCAAACCGAAACCUGGAAUCAGAGGAAGCCUCAAGAAGUGAUGAUCUGUGUGAUUGUGUGUUGUAUUGAAGUUAUGUAAUAAAAAGGAUGUCAUCUUCAAGUUGUUGAUGUGGGAAUAUAGCAAUGAUGCUAUCAUAUAAGAAUUUAACUGAGAGCCUGAUCUCUGAUGAUGAUGAUAUUUUCUUAUAAAAGUUGUGUUUCUAACU